GGUUAAUUAAUAUCUUCAUCAUUUUGCCAAAGAAAAAAAUGGCAACUUUAAAGAAGUUUCUUUCAAUUUUCAUAAUCUAUAUUGCACUUAUGUUGGGGCUUGUUAAUUCACAAGGCCUUGAAAUAGGAUACUAUAAGAAAACAUGUCCAAAUGUAGAGGCAAUUGUGAGAAAGGCUGUUGCUGGCUCCGUUUCUCGUGAUACUACUCUCGCUGCUCCAUUGUUGAGAAUGCACUUUCAUGAUUGUUUUGUUAGGGGAUGUGAUGGUUCAGUGUUACUUAAUUCCACUAAAAGUAAUCAAGCUGAGAAAGAUGCAAUUGCUAACCUAAGCUUGAGAGGAUUCCAAGUGAUUGAUGCUGCAAAAUCUGCUCUAGAAAAACAAUGUCCUGGCACUGUGUCUUGUGCUGAUAUUGUAGCCUUAGCAGCUCGUGAUGCUGUGUCACUGAUUAAUGGACCAACAUGGAAAGUACAACUGGGAAGAAGAGAUGGGAGAGUCUCAAUUAUGUCAGAAGCCACAACAAAAUUGCCAACUCCUUUUGAUAACUUCACUACUCUGAGAACAACAUUUGGUGGAUUGGGCCUAAGUGUAAAAGAUCUUGUUGUUCUAUCAGGUGGACAUACUAUUGGGGUAUCACAUUGCUUUUCCUUCAGUGGCCGUUUGUACAAUUUUACUGGUAAAGGUGACAUGGACCCAAACAUGGACAAAAACUACAUAGCCCAAUUGAAGACCAAAUGUAAGCCUAAUGAUGUUACCACUACAGUUCAAAUGGACCCUGGAAGUUCCACAAAAUUUGACACAGAUUAUUACACUUUGGUUAGCAAAAGAAGAGGGUUGUUUGUAUCUGAUGCGACACUUCUUACAGAUAAACAAACAAGAGCUUAUGUUUUGGGCCAAUUAAAUUCUGGAUCAACUUUUUUUAAGGAUUUUGGGGUGUCAAUGGUGAAUAUGGGCAAAAUUGGAGUCCUUACUGGGAAAUCGGGUGAAAUUAGAAAACAAUGUGCGUUCAUAAACUAAGAGGAAAUUUCUUAAGCUAUUUCCCUUGAGUGAAUCUUUUUUUAUCUUUGUUUUUCUAUUGUAAUUAGUUCGUGAAAAAUGUAUGUUGUGGUGGUAAACGUACCUUGUAUUUUAAGUUUGUAAUUCAGUUUGUCAAGCAUGUUGUGUAACUAAUAAAAAUGAAAGUGUAUAACAUAAGUUCAGACAGAGGGAGUACUAUUUUUCUUUU